GACACCGUCCCCUCCUCCUCAGUACUCAGAUACAUUACCCGCACCGCCUAAUUAAGCGCUCGCAUCUGAAGCCAUUUCGAGGGACGUCAUGGCGCGGAGUGCCUUCUUCUUCCACUGCGUCGCCGCCGUCGCGGCGUGCAUCGCCGCGACGGCCGCGGCGCUCAGUGGCACGGCCACGUUCUACGGCGGGAGCGACGCCUCCGGCACAAUGGGCGGCGCGUGCGGGUACGGCAACCUGUACUCGACGGGGUACGGGACGAACACGGCGGCGCUGAGCUCGGCGCUGUUCAACGACGGCGCGGCGUGCGGCGAGUGCUACCAGAUCACGUGCGACCAGUCCAACUCGAAGUGGUGCAAGGCGGGCACGUCGGUGACCAUCACCGCGACCAACCUCUGCCCACCGGACUACUCCAAGCCGAGCAACGACGGCGGCUGGUGCAACCCGCCGCGCCAGCACUUCGACAUGGCGCAACCCGCCUGGGAACAGAUCGGCGUCUACCGCGGCGGUAUCGUCCCCGUCAAUUUCCAGAGGGUGUCGUGCACGAGGAAAGGAGGGGUGAGGUUCACCAUCAACGGGAACAGCUACUUCGAGCUGGUGCUGAUCACCAACGUGGGCGGGCCGGGGUCGAUCAAGUCGGUGCAGAUCAAGGGAACAAAGACGGGGUGGGUGACCAUGUCCCGGAACUGGGGCGCCAACUGGCAAGCCAACAACUACCUCAACAACCAGGCCAUCUCCUUCUCGGUCACCUCCACCGCCGGCAAGACGCUCGUCUUCGAGGACGUCGCGCCGUCCAACUGGCAGUUCGGCCAGACAUUCACCAGCGGCGUGCAGUUCUACUAGCUAGCGGCUCGCGCGCGCGCGCGGCGGCGCAUGAGCCGCCGCCGCCGUCGCGCGCUUGCCCAACGGCGAGCGGCGCAUGCCACCUGCCGCCAUUUCCGUUCAAUUUUUGCAUUUGGAAAACUUGUCAAAAAGACCAGCUUAUUUAGCAUCAUUCUGAUUGGG